AAGCAUGUCGCUGCUGAAGGACAAGGAAACUUUAGUGACGACACUAAAGUUCAUUCAACGGAACUUCUACGUGGAUGAUGGAUUGUCAAGUGUAGCAUCCGAAGACCAAGCGAUCCAACUGGUGAAAGAAGCAAGAGAACUUUGCAGCACAGGCAAACUCCGGCUGCAUAAGUUUAUCUCUAACAGCAAGAAGGUCCUAGACGCAAUCCCAAAAGAAGAAUGUGCUGCAGCUGCCAAAGACAAGGACAUGGCACUGGGUGAACUGCACAUGGAAAGAGCACUCGGUGUGCAGUGGUGCGUGGAUUCUGAUGAGUUCCAGUUCAGAGUAAUCGUCAAGGAGAAUCCACUUACUCGAAGAGGAGUCCUGUCCACAGUCGCUUCAGUCUACGACCCUCUUGGAUUUGUGGCACCGUUCAUCUUGUUGGGAAAGCAGAUCCUGCAGCAGAUGUGUCGUGACAAGCUCAGUUGGGAUGACACCUUACCUGAUGACCUACGACCUCUGUGGGAAAGCUGGCUUCAAGACCUGCGAAAUCUAGCCGAGGUGAAGAUUCCAAGAUGCUACGUUCCAUCAAGCUUCAAGGUCCAACACUACGAACUCCACCAUUUCGCCGAUGCCAGUGAGUCAGGCUAUGGAGAGUGCUCGUACCUCAGAGCAGUGAGUACGUCAAGUGAAGUCCACUGUUCCUUUGUAAUGGGAAAGUCGAGAGUCGCUCCUACUAAGGUCACAACCAUACCAAGACUCGAGCUGUCAGCAGCAGUGGUAGCUGUCCGCACCAGUGACAUGCUCAAGAAAGAACUGGAAAUAGAAUGCCUACAAGAAGUCUUCUGGACUGAUUCAAGAGUGGUCCUUGGUUACAUCAAUAAUGAAGCCAGAAGAUUUCACGUGUUUGUGGCAAAUCGUGUGGAACGCAUCAAGCAAAGCACAGAGUCUACACAAUGGAAGUAUGUGGCUUCAGAAGAUAAUCCAGCAGACUACGCCUCAAGAGGUCUCACAGCAGAGCAACUGGUAUCCUCUAACUGGUUCACAGGCCCAGACUUUCUUUGGCAGAAGGAGUUACCAAGUGGAGAUGUCAAGGUGGGAGAGAUCACAUAUGACGAUCCUGAGCUUAAGAAGGUCCAGGUUCUCGACACCCAGGCGAAAGAAGUCAAGUCGCUGCUAGAUCGCCUACACAAGUUUUCAGACUGGUCCAAAAUGGUGAAAGCUAUCGCCAGACUCCAGCGCCAUGUGAAAGAAAUUAAAGGGCUUCAGCCAAAGUCCUGUGAAGCCUGCAGUUUGGAGGAAAGGAGAGAAGCGGAGUUGACAAUAAUCAAGAUGGUUCAAGAAGCAACCUUCUCACAAGAUAUACAGUUACUCCAAAGUGACAAGGAGACGCCAGUCAAGGGCAAAGCCAAUAAGUUGCACCGGUUAAGUCCAUUCCUGGAUGACCAAGGUGUCCUCAGAGUUGGAGGCCGCUUAACUCAUGCUGCCCUACAUCCACAGGUGAAGCAUCCAGCGGUCCUUCCAAAGGACAGUCAUGUGUCAAAUUUACUUGUCAAGCACUAUCAUGAAAGAGUGUACCAUCAAGGACGAGGAAUGACCAUGAAUGCGCUCCGAUCUAAUGGCAUAUGGAUACUGGGCUGCAGCAAGGCUGUAUCAUCCCAUAUCUACAAGUGCACUAAGUGCAGGAAGUUCAGAAGAUGCACUGAACAGCAGAAAAUGUCAGACCUUCCAGAGGACAGAAUGGAAACAGCUCCUCCAUUCACCUACUGCGGUAUGGACUGUUUUGGACCAUUUUACGUAAAGGAAGGAAGGAAAGAGCUAAAGCGUUAUGGAUUGUUACUUACCUGCAUGUGUUCCAGAGCGGUUCACGUUGAGAUGCUUGACGAUAUGACCACAGAUGCCUUCAUUAACGCAUUGCGUUCAUUCAUCGCCAUUCGUGGAAAGGUACGUCAGAUAAGAAGUGAUCAAGGAACAAACUUCGUCGGAGCAAGACGAGAGUUUGCUGAAGCAUUGAAAGAAAUGGAUCAGGAAGAGCUCAAGCAGCUUGGAUGUGAGUUCAUCGUGAACACCCCAGCUUCAAGUCAUAUGGGUGGCGUCUGGGAAAGACAAAUUCGCACCAUAAGAAGUGUCUUGACGUCCAUUCUAGAACAGUCAGCUACGCAGCUUGACUGCUCCUCUCUAAGAACGUUCCUGUAUGAAGUCAUGGCAAUAGUGAACAGUAGACCUCUGAGCACUGAUUGUCUAAAUGAUUCAUCCAGUCCAGAGCCCCUGACACCAAACCACAUUUUGACCAUGAAGUCCACGAUACUCGCUCCACCUCCUGGGAAGUUCGUCAAGGAAGAUCUAUACCUACGCAAGAGAUGGCGUCGAGUUCAAUUCUUAUCCAACCACUUUUGGACAAGAUGGAAGAAGGAGUACCUCCUGAGCCUCCAACAGAGACAGAAGUGGACCAAAGAUCGCAGGAAUGCAAAGGUCGGCAAUGUUGUACUCCUGCAAGAUGAUACUACACCACGUAACCAGUGGAGGAUGGCAAAGGUUAUCGAAGUGUACCCAGGAAAGGAUGGGAAGGUGCGAAGACUCAAGUUGCUCAUCAGCGACUCAACCCUUGAUGAGAAAGGAAAGCGUAUCUCCAAACCUGUCCACCUGGAAAGGCCCAUCCAUAAGACGGUGACGCUGAUGGAAGCAGACUGAAGACUCCGACCUCUCUCUUUCUUUUCCUCCCCUCUCUCUCUCUAUCUGUCUCACUACAGGUGCAGUCAUGGUGAUCGUUCUCUGGGGAAGCCAAGGACUGAAGUUUAGUUUUUUUGUUUAUCCUUUCUACGCAGUAUGUUGUCUCUCAAUAGUUGAAGAAAAUCAUAUACAUGUGAUAUGUUUUGGUGGGAGUGUAACUGCCUCUGUGUCAGUCAGCGCGGUAUUUCUGAGUUAUUUAUUUUGGUAGGAACCAAAGUUCUCUAAGGCGGAACCUUUGUUUUUGUAUCGCCCGUUUCCGUCAGGACAUACUUUAGCGUAACACUCAUCAAAAAAAGUCAGCUGAUUUAGUACAUGUUUUUCAGUGCUGAUGCAUCUGCAAAAUAGCUCUUAGCAUCAAGAUAAACAAUCCUACAGAGUAAUGCCAAGCUACACAACUUUCCUCUUGCAAUGCAGCUACUAAGUUUUCACGGUCUGGAUGAACCAAAUAAAUCCUGCCAGUAAACAAAAAGGAAACUCGUUGCUGUCGUUUGUACUGAGGGAAUUAUACUAUGGGUUUACAAAAAUACUACAGCCAUUGUUAGACGACAUUAAAUAUCUGGAAAGUCAUGGUAUUGCAGUUGACAUCAAAGCAUUUGCAACGCAUUUGCUUUAUGGUACCAUUUGCCUUUUGACAGCUGACAACCUUGCGUGUCAUUCCCUUUGUGGGUAUUUGGAGUUUUUCAGCUAAUGUGUUUUGUCACUUCUGCUUAGCUGACAAAGAAAAAGUUCAACAUGUUUUUGAAGAAGAUGAGUUUGAAAAGCGUACUAAAGACAAUUAUCAACAACAUGUUAUGCUGAACAAUUCCACUAUCACAGGCAUCAAGCAGGACUCUUGUUUGAAUACACUUAAAUACUUCCAUGUAACAGAGGGUGUUUGUGUAGACAUAAUGCAUGAUGUAUUAGAAGGUGUUGCUCCUUUGGAAGUAAAGCUGUUGCUGCGACAGUUAAUAUAUGAAGAUAAUCUGUUUACAUUGGAGCAGCUAAACAAUAGAAUAUCAAGCUUUGAUUAUGGUUACAUGAAUGAAAAGAACAAGCCAUCUGUGAUUUUGAAUCUUAGAACAAAUGAAAAUGCUGUCAGGCAAACAGCCAGCCAAAUGUGGUGUCUCUUACUCUUUUUGCCACUAAUGAUAGGAGACCUAGUAAGUAGGCAGAGUUCACAUUGGAAACUGUUCCUUCUUCUGAGAGAAAUAUGCAGUAUAAUAUUUGCACCUGUAGUCACAAACGGACUGGGUGUGUUUUUGAAGCAGUUGGUUAUAGACCAUCACAACAUGUUUAAGACA